AUGGGCCUGUCACUUAUUGGAGAACGUUUCCUUUUCUUUGCAGCAGGCAUCAGUCAACAUCAGCAUCUCUAUCACAGCCUUGGAAAUGAUGUCAUUCUGCCCUGUGAUAAUGUAACGUCAUCUGAAACAAGAUGCUUCCUCUUUAACUGGCUUUACAACCCCAGUUUAGGCUCUGUGACUACAUUCAAGGUUAAUAAAGGAAAAGUUUAUCAGAACCCACCUGGAGGAUCCAGGCUGAGUCUGAGCAAUAACUGCUCUCUGAUUAUCAGCACCAUCACUGCUGAGGAUGUUGGUCGUUACACUUGUCGACGAGACCAGGCCCCUGACACAAUUGUUCAUCUAAAUAUCCUGACCAUCUCUCCAUCUCCAGCAGACACUGAUCCAGAGACAGACAAUGAGGUCACAUUAACAUGCUCUCUGUGGAGAUACGAUACAAAACGUCCUUGUCCACAGAACAGCAUCCUCUGGGUGGAUGAGGAGGGAACUGUGCUGACUGGUGAAGGUGACGGGUACAAGUUCAAUGGACAGACGGACUGUGUUUCUCAUCUGACUGUGAAACGUCAGAGCAACCACAACAGAAGAUACACCUGCCAGUUUAUUGGAGCAAACAGUGUGAAGAUAGAUGCUCACUACUCACCUGUCUACACAGAUCCUCCUACGUCAUACGUCUCCUACAUCAUGUUGAGUCUUCGUGUUACAACACUGGUCCUAAUGAUCGGAAUCACAGUUGCUGUGAUCACAAAUAGAGGUAAUUCACAUCAUAAUAGGACCAGUUAA